AUGUUCCGAUUCGUGACGGAUGACGUUGGAGGCGUGGGGGCGAAGCGCAAGAGGACGCCCAGGUCUUGCGAUCAAUGUAAAAAGCGCCAUCGACGUUGCGAUCAUACAGGCUUCGGGACAUCUGGAACUUCAGAAGCUGCACCCGACUCGCCUCUACCAGAGUCCCAGGUUCAGGCCCUGGCGGACACCCGAGUCGAGUCCGUGAAUCAACAACCAGAAUCGACUGGCCAGUCAAACUCACCAACUAUUCACAUUUCAGUGGAUGAGGUGGCAUCGCAUGGGCAAUCUGAAGCAUCGCCAGCUGGACGACCGCAGCUACAGAAUGCCUCAAAAGACGCGUAUCUCAGAUUCGUGGGUGAUCUGAGCCCAGAGGCCUCUUUUCUUGCCACCUCUCAAGCUGAGAGACUCAAUGGCAGCCGCAAUGUGUCCAGGCACGAUUAUGUGGGCGUUUGGCUAGGCCAGAAACCCGAAGACUCGCAGGCUGGCGUCUCGAAUGGCCAUGACCCAAGCACCGCCAAUCAUUUCUCGAUUCCUCACCCAUCCAAUCUCCCUAAUCUUCAGGCUUUAAUGCCAUCACUGCGUCAAGAAUGCAUUUCGACACUGCCACCACCAUACGAAUUUGGAUUAUUGUCAGACCUGUUCUUUGCCAAAAUUGAUCCAAUAUUUCCCGUUCUGCGGGGAGACGCGAUUGAGGAGUUGGGCAUCAUGGAAUCUGUGGCUUUGAAGCAGUGCAUUUGCCUUGUUGCUUCCCUGGACCCCUCUCUAAAGAAACACCUACGAUUGCCAUUCACCGAGAGAGUGCUAUCGCCUAUCGACUUCCGGGCUCGCAUCGCGGCAGCGGUCAAUCAGUCUUUGAACUUGGGCUUCAUCAGCGAUAAGAUGGUUCUGCUGCAGGUAUGCGCCCUGAUGGCCAUGUACGUGGACAGGCCUGGUUGCAGCGAGCUGUCAACGUACUUCUGCUCCCAGGCUGUCCACCACUCGCAGACACUAGGACUCCACGUUGGCUGGCCUCAAGACAGCGUAGGAGGGGAGAAGUCUCGUCGCAUCUUCUGGUGUGUCUGGGUCCUGGACAGACUCAACGCGGCAACCAACGGGAGACCCAUUCUGAUCCACAAACAAGACAUGGACAAAAGAGUGAUGGAUUCCUUCGAAUCACAGACACCUUCAUUCAAAUUGAUGAUUCGUAUUGCCCAGUUUCUGGAUGAAACCAUAUUCCUAUAUCGCCCUCAUGCUACGUUUCCGGAGCAGGCUUUCAGCAAUGACAGCCAGACAUUCGAGGGUCUUGUUGAGGCAACUGGGGCGUUGAAUAUUGGGAAUGGACUUCUCGCAUCCCUUGAAAUGUUCUACUUGUCCGUUGUUAUCCUCAGAAGCAGACCACCAGGACGAAAGGACGGCAACCGGACAUCGAGCUCUGAACUACAAUGGUUCUGCGCUACCAGUCUGGUGUCAAUCGCGUCCGAGGAGUUCAAGUCGACCAUCACCUAUUGGCCAACCCUCCCCUACUCUGUUUCUAUGGCAGCCUCCGUUGCAUACCAGACCCUCCGCAACAGUCUGCUUCCGUACAAUCGCAAGCGCGCAUACGUCUUGUUCCACAGCAGCUGCGAAUUGCUAGACGAACUCAGCAAGACCUUUCUGUCAGCUCGAGCUAUUGCCAAGCUAGCCACGAAUACUAUGCAGGAGGUUGACCGGGUCACAUCGGAGAUAAAUAAGUACGGCAGAUCCAUGGACGUUGCAGGAAACGAAGUCAUCGAGGGGCUGAACGGUUCCAGCGGUUCCCACGAGGUAGGCCAUCCCUCACUUGCUCGCACCGAUAUGGGUUCCGCGGAGAACAUCACACAACCCUCGUCAUCUGUCAAAGAUCGGCCAUUCGCCUUCGACCCCUCUUCCUUUCAGGACUUUAGCGGUGAAGCUGGGAUAUUUAACGAUUUCGACCCCAGUUUUGAUCUCGGACGAAUUGAUGCCGUUUUUUCAGCUAAUCUUGACCCGACCGUGCCUGGUCUCACAGAAGAUUGGCUUGCCGGUAACGGAUUUCUUUGA